AUGGGAUUGGAAAACUACAAGCCCAUAAUAGUUAUGGUGGGAUGUCAGUUUGUGUACGCUGGAGUCACUCUAUUUGGAAGAGCUGGGAUUUUGCAAGGGAUGAGCACCCGAGUUUUUGUUGUCUACAGGCAGUGCUUAGCCUUCUUAAUUAUGUCUCCAAUUGCAUAUAUCUCAAGUAUAACACUGAAUCAGAACUUGUAUUACGAAGGCUUGGCGUUGGCUAAUUCAACAGUUGGAAGUACUUUGGGCAAUUUGAUGCCGGCCAUCACUUUUGUCAUGGCCUAUACUUUGGGGUUGGAAAAGGUGAAUAUUCGAAGGCUGAGAAGUGUGGUUAAGAUAAUCGGGACAGUGGUGUGCGUGUGUGGGGCAGCGACAAUGGCACUUUUCAAAGGUCCAAAAUUAUUAUUAAGUGUUAAUAAUGGACACGACACGUGGUUUUUAGGUUGUCUAUUUCUGCUCGCAAGCCCCUGUUGCUGGUCUGUUUGGCUGAUUCUACAGGCCCAUGUAAGUGCUCGAUACCCGGAUCAUCUUUUGGUAACAACACUAAUGUUCUUAAUGGCCGCUUUACAAUCGGCAGUUGUAGCAUUGAUACUCGAACCAGACAUGAGUGCCUGGAUUUUCAAUUCACCCAUGCCAUGGAUCUCCGUCUUUUAUGCCGGUGGGGCAUCAGCAGUUACUUUCUUUGCUCAAGCAUGGUGCCUCCCAAGGAGAGGUCCCCUCUUUUCAGCCAUGUUCCAUCCUCUAACCACCGUAAUCGUCGCUAUUGUUGCUUGUACUUUUCUGCAUGAGAUGUUGUACGUUGGAAGCUUGUUGGGGGGAGUUGCUGUGAUAACUGGACUGUACAUUGUGCUGUGGGGUAAGGCGAAGGACUAUGAAGAUGCACGGAACGAGAAAACAAUAGGCCAAAUAGACAAGGAGAACGAUGAAACGACACCGUCCACUCAAACGUCAGAGGGCACGAUUGAUUUGGAAGCGCCUCUUCUUCUUCGUGCAGGAUCAAGUAUCAUCAGUAUUUAA